AUGAGCGAAGGAGAGGUGUUUCACGAGAAGCAACGGUUGGAGCUGUGUGCCAUUCAUGCUCUCAACAACGUGCUCCAGGAGCGGGUGUUUACCAAGGAGACAGCCGACGACAUCUGUAAACGGCUGGCCCCACAGUGCGUGGUGAACCCCCACCGCUCGGUGCUGGGCACAGGAAACUACGACGUGAACGUCAUCAUGGCCGCGCUGCAGAGCAGGGACCUGGCUGCGGUGUGGUGGGACAAACGCAGGACGGUCCAGAACCUGUGCAUGUCCAAGGUCCAGGGCUUCAUUCUUAACGUCCCCUCACGAGUAUCUUUGGGCAUCUUGUCCCUCCCGCUCCGGCGGCGCCACUGGCUCGCAGUUCGGCAGGUGAACGGCCAGUACUACAACCUGGACUCCAAGCUGAAGAAUCCCGUGUGCAUCGGGGGAGAGGCGGAGCUACGGACGUUUCUCGGCGAGCAGCUUUCUCAGGACGUGGCAGAGAUGCUCCUGGUGGUCCGACGGGAGGUGGAGGAGGACGGUUCGUGGCUCAACUCUGACAAGGAGUGACGCCUUUUUUUUUUGUGUGUGUAAAGAACACAACUCCUCUGGAAAAAUGACAGACUUGACUUAAAAACAAAACAAAAACUUCAGAAAUUACUUCAGGGAAUGCACUCGAGUACAUUUUAUUAUUCAGGAAAUUCCAAAGAGGAGCAGAGGAUGACGCCGACUCUUGAAAUGAAGAUUGUCAUCGCUGUUAAAGCUUCGUUUACCUCCACUGUCCAUCCUUCUCUGGGUACCUU